GAGAUCAAUGCGCUGACCCUACCGGUAACGCUUCCUGAAAGAUGGGAGUCCAGAUCAGUGUCUGCAGCAGAGACAACGUAGCUACCGCUGACAUUUCUUUAAACCUGCAUGGUGCAAGUUAAAGCGGGGCUGUGACUUAAAUGCCCCGUCGGCUUCGCUCCUCCUCGUUUCUGCGGUGGGUGGUGUCACCAUCCUCUGGCGGCUGUGAGUGAGUCAGAGCUAGCUGGCUGCUGCUAACCUGAUGUGGACUCCGAGCUGAAGUUAGAGGGGACACAGAUGUGAGGCAGGGCACAUGUGUGGAGACUUCAGCCGGGUGGAGAAAGGACAAGACGCCGCCGAGACUACCUCAGCGGAGGAAUACACCGUGGAUUCAAUGGCUGUUUGACACAAUCUGACCGUUAUUGUGACACCCAAUCCGUUGUUCUUGUUUUUUUUUUUUUCCACACCUCACUUUUCAGUUUGUACGGCUUUUCAUUGUUCUAUAUUUUCGCUUCAGUCCGUCCUCUUGUUCAUUUCCCCGCCGUCCUCGUCUGAGCUGAAGUCAAGAACUAUAAACUUCUCAGAAUGGGUGCCGAUGUAGACACGGUGUCUGAGAGCAGCACUGUGCGGCUGAAGAAGGAGAUUUCCCUCCUUCACGGGGUUUGUCUCAUUGUGGGAAAUAUGAUCGGCUCUGGCAUCUUCAUCUCACCGAAGGGAGUUCUUAAGUACACAGGCUCUUUUGGUUUGUCCCUGAUAGUGUGGGCCAUCGGAGGGAUAUUUUCUGUGAUCGGAGCGUUAUGCUACGCUGAACUGGGUACCACCAUCCGUAAAUCUGGAGCCUCCUACGCCUACAUCUUGGAAGCUUUUGGAGGCUUUCUGGCUUUUAUUCGAUUGUGGACGUCCUUGUUGAUAGUAGAACCAGCGUGUCAGGCAGUGAUAGGCUUGACCUUCUCCAGCUACCUGGUCCAGCCUUUCUACCCCACAUGCACAGCUCCCUACGACGCUGUCCGACUAAUCGCUGCCGUCAUCAUAUGUCUGCUAACCUGUGUGAACUGUAUGAAAGUGAAAUGGGGUGCUAUUCUUCAGGUCAUCUCCACUGUAGCCAAGGUCCUUGCCCUUAUUGUCAUCAUCAUCACGGGCCUGGUUAGACUGGCACAAGGUUUUGACCAGAACUUCGAGAACUCAUUUAAAGGCUCCAAGUUUGACCCUGGAGAUAUGGCCUUGGCCCUCUAUUCAGCACUUUACUCCUACUCUGGCUGGGAUACACUCAACUUUAUUACAGAAGAGAUCAAGAACCCAGAAAGGAAUCUGCCUUUGUCCAUUGCCAUUUCCAUGCCAAUCGUCACAGUGAUCUACAUCCUGACCAACGUAGCGUACUAUGUCGUCUUGGAUGCAGACCAAGUGCUCAGCAGUGAAGCUGUUGCUGUGACAUUUGCAGAUGAGGUUCUGGGCUGGGGUCGAUGGCUGAUCCCCCUCUCUGUGGCCAUUUCCUGCUACGGAGGCCUCAACUCCUCAAUCAUUGCAGCUUCGAGGUUGUUUUUUGUCGGCUCCAGAGAAGGCCACCUGCCUAAUUUCCUGUGCAUGAUCCACAUAAAGCGUUUCACCCCUAUUCCUGCCCUGCUUUUCAAUGGAGGAAUGUCCUUGUUUUACCUGUCUGUCCCAGACGUAUUCCAGUUGAUCAACUACUUCAGCUUUAACUACUGGUUAUUCAUCGGCUUGUCAAUAGGCAGCCAGAUCUAUCUUCGCUUCAAAGCUCCCGAUAUGCACCGACCUAUUAAGCUGUCCUUGUUCUUCCCGAUAGUCUUCUGCUUGUGCACCGUGUUCCUGGUGGUGGUGCCACUCUACAGCGACACCAUCAACACUUUUGUGGGAAUUGCUGUGGCACUGUCUGGUGCACCCGUGUACUACAUUUGCAUCCACCUGCCGCCCAGCUCCAGACCAGCCUUCCUCAGUAAAUUCCUUGACCAGAUCUCUGUGUACACUCAAAAACUGUGCAUGUGUUGCGUGGCUUCGCCGGAUAUUGAUCUGGACAACAUAGACCCAGAUAAGAUGGAGUGACGGAACGACAGGAGACCUGUGGUGAAGGACUGUAUGGAGAGAUGGAAGAGGAUCAAUGAACAGUGGAUUAAAAAAAAAAAGAAGCGAGAGAGAGAUGAGCAAAGCACACCUCUUACCCUCCUCUUCUCUUUCUCACACAAACGCACACAUACACACACACACGUGCCAUAAUGAAUAAAGUGGCUGGAUUUACUUUUUAAUUUAAAGUCUUUUAUAACCCUACAAUAAAGCAGCACUAUACAGAUUAACUCUGUCAACACUUGCAUAUUCAUAUUCUGGUACAGGGCGCAGUUCCACAUGUGCACAUAAGCUGUUUACACCUGUGAGUCUAGACAUGAUCUUUAUGUUCAAGGCAGCAGCAGAACGAGUCAAGAAGCUUUUAGUUUAACUUUUAGACUCGCUGACAGACCUCAAAGCAUGGCAGCAAUUUUGCACAUUUCACUUUUUUGUCUUUGACUUUCCUUGAAUAUAGAAGGCUUUAUUCUGUUACUGAGCUUAAGGACCAACUGGAUAGUUUUUUUUCUUCUUUUUUUUAAGAAAGAAAAUAAUUAGUUUGGGAAGUGAUUGGACUGUUUAAAUUAACUUCUUGCUUUUUAUUAUAUAUAUAUAAACAUAAAUUGCUCUUCCUUGUGUGCAGUAGUUCUGCUUCCAUUAUGAUCACAAAUCCAUCACCAUGCUGUAAUCAUGCCCCCUGGUGCCUGUGAAGUGUCCCCCUCUUACUGCGUCUUCAGGGCUGUAUUCGGUUUCAGGCGCCUCCUACUGGUAGCUUGCCUUAACGUCCAUGGACAAUCUAAGACGUCCCCAAGUCUCAUUCAAGAGUUUUUUUUUUUUUUUUUUGUUCACGUUUUGUUGUCUCUUUUGUUUUAGCCAUUUACAAAAACAAAUUAUUAAUGUCAAGGGUUUUAAAAGUGACUGUACCCGAUAAAGACUCCUCUAGGUUACGUUUUAUUUCAGGAACGGGUCUUAUUGGAUUCAAACCUCAGGAUCAACCAUGAAGGCGUGCACAUGUUGUUGCUGAUUAUUAGACUGUCUUUUGGUACCCGCUCUUGUCUUAAGAGUUUAUUGGGAUAAAUGGGAUAUUGAACGUAUUAUUGCCUUUUUAAUUCACACUGCAUGAGCAAAAGGUCUCAAACGGGCCGAUUGCUCUACCACCGUCCUGCUCACAACAGUGAGCUUGUAGCAAAGUGUCACCGCUUUCUAAUGAGAGCGUCGUGGCCGUAGAGUGUUGGAGUACAGGUAGACACGUGUCAGUGUUUCUGUUUUAGUGGUCAUCCUUAUUGACUGUAUGUGCCUUCUGUGAGUGUGAUCCAAAUGCCUUGCUUAUUUUUGAUAUCGUAACUUAGCUUUUCUUUUGAGCAUCUUGAGCACAAUCCCUGACACCUUGUUGUAGGAUUAGGCCAAAUGUUUUCCAGGUCCUCAUCUGUUGUUUGAUAGUUUUUACAAAUUCAGGUCGUCACACUUGACUUUUGAAGAACUUCAGCUACACCAGCUUCUGGAAGCACACAGGUCUUAGUUUUUGUGUAUUUGCUUUCUCUGGGAUUGAAAUCAUUUAAACCAAAAUAGUGAAUUGUCUCUGCUGUUGCGAUGUAACCAUAACGACUAUUUUCAAUAUACUUACUUAUAUGGACGUGUUAUAAAACUACUUCUCAGAAAGUACACGUUGAGAAUGUUGUGAACUAUUUGUUGUUCAACUUGGUACCAAAUGUUUUGUGUGUUUGAGUUGUCUCUUGAGUGUGUACUUUGGUCACUAUUUAUUGUAUUUUUAGAGACGGACAAACCAAACGGUGAAACUAGCGCUUCAUUGGAGGAAGUCUUGUUUGAGGCAGGAAUGUGCUUUGUGUUGUUAUCUGAAUAAAAUUAAGACACACGUCAGUGUCUCCGAUG